AUGAUCACACUGAAUAUCAAAAAUUCCCGUCAAGAAUCAAUUGAUGCACAAAAAGGAAAUAAGAAUAGAUUCAAUUCAUUUGCUCCUAUUAGAAGUAAUACCAGUGUCAGUUGGCUUAUAGAUGGUCAAGAUUAUUUCGAAGCAGUGAUCAAUGGAAUUUCAUCAGCUCAAUCAUUUAUGUAUAUUUCUUCCUGGUGGUUAACUCCAAAAUUGUAUUUACGAAGGCCAGCAAAUGAAGAUAAUAAUCGACAAUAUCAAUUAGAUCUAUUAUUGAAGAAAAAAGCACGAGAAGGUGUGGAUAUCUUUGUGAUUCUUUAUAAAGAUCUUCAUGGAAUGGGAUCUGAAUACACCUUUAAAAUUUUGACCGCACUUAGUCCUCGGAUUCAUGUCAUCCGUUGUCCAGACGUACCUCUUUUAUGGUCAUAUCAUGAAAAAUACUUGAUUAUUGAUGGCAAACGUUCCUUUGUUGGCGGCUUCGACUUAUCUUUUGCUCGGUAUGAUACUGUCGACCAUGUUUUAUCUGACUAUCCAUCAACAAACCGCCCUAGUGAAAUGUUUCCAGGACAAGACUAUAACAACCCUCGUGUUCGCGACUUUCAACGAGUUUCACAUGCUGGAGAGACAUUGGUCGACCGUACAGUGAUUCCACGUAUGCCUUGGCACGAUAUAUCAAUGUUUAUGGAAGGUGGUGUCACAAUUGAUCUCAUUCAUCAAUUUGAAGUACGAUGGAACUAUUUACGAAAUCUCAAGAUGCUUAAAGGACUCAAACUUCCUGCUUUGCCUUUAGAAAGAAUAGUGGCAGUCAAUCAUCUUUCCAACAAUAGUAACAGCAUAAACAACGAUUUUGGGGGAACUAAUCAAGUACAAGUAGUGAGAAGCGCAAGUAAUUGGAACACAGAUGUUAGUCAUGAAAAAUCGAUCUAUCAAGCCUAUUUAGACCUUAUUGCCGAAGCACAACAUUAUAUUUACAUUGAAAAUCAAUACUUUAUCAGUAGUGUGGAUCAAGAUAAUAUGAUAUUGAACAAGGUUGGAAAGGCAUUGGUGGAAAGAAUCAAGUUGGCACAUUUAAAAGGGGAAAAUUUUAGAGUCAUUGUAGUCUUACCACUUCUUCCUGGAUUCCAGGGUGAUUUGACUUCUUUUGAAAGCAGUGCAGUAAGAUCCAUCAUGCAUUUACAAUAUAUUUCUAUAUCUCGAGGUGAAGAUUCUAUCAAUAAAAGGCUCGAACAAGCUGGUAUCAACCCUUCUGAUUAUAUUGAAUGGUACUCACUUCGAAAUUAUGACAAAAUCAUCCCACCAUUGAAAAAAUCUCGACUAGCACAUUUAUCAUCCAUGAUAUUCCGUCAUCGCCAUAGACACCAACUACAGCAAAACAGGGAUAUUGACUAUUUCGUUUCAGAAAUGAUAUAUAUACAUAGCAAGGUUGUUAUAGUCGAUGAUAAAAGAGCAUUAAUUGGAUCAGCCAACGUGAAUGACAGAUCACUUCUUGGAGAUCGUGAUGCAGAAGUUGCUGUCAUCGUUGAAGAUACAGAAUAUGUACCAUCUUUUAUGAAUGGAAAAAAGUACGAAGCAGGAAAAAGUAUUUUGGACCUCAGAUUACGGAUAUGGAAAGAACAUUUGGGUUUGUUAGAAGUAGAAGAUUGGGAAGAUUUAUCAUUACCAGGAUUGGAACAAGAUGAUUCGGAAAUGGCGGAACGACAGGUCAUGGAUCCUCUCUCAGACAUCAUGUAUCAAAUACUUUGGAGGAACAAGGCAAAGAGAAACACAUUGAUCUAUCGUGACGUUUUCCAUUGCGUACCUGAUGAUACCAUUUUUACAUACGAUCAACACACAGCAUUUGUACCUGACAGCAAAAGGAUUCCUUAUGGUCAUGCACCAGGAUUCAACAAUACGCCAAGUGAUAAUAAUGCAACAACUAUUCAAGCAAAAUUGGAUAAGAUUCGUGGUCAUCUUGUACAAUUUCCUUUGGAUUACCUCAAUCAAUCAGAUAUUAUCACAAGAAAUGUUUGGGAAAUGGUCACUCCUCUUGUUAUCUUUACUUGA